AUGCCGGUGCUCUCCACCCCCCGGGCCUCGCGGGUGACCACGCUGAAGCGCACAGCUGUGGUCCUGGCCCUCACGGCCUAUGGAGCCCACAAAAUCUACCCCCUGGUGCGGCAGUGCCUGGCUCCAGCCAGAGGCCCUCAAGUGCCUGCAGGACAGUCCACGCAGGAGGUCUCCGGGGCCGCUUCGGCCACAGGAGCCAAAGCCGGUGUGAACCGUGUGUUCUUGCAGCGACUCUUGUGGCUCCUGCGGCUACUCUUCCCCAGGAUCCUGUGCCGGGAGACGGGGCUUCUGGCGCUGCACUCAGCCACCCUGGUGAGCCGGACUUUCCUAUCGGUCUAUGUGGCCCGCCUGGACGGUCGGCUGGCCCGCUGCAUCGUACGCAAGGACCCGCAGGCCUUUGGUUGGCAGCUCCUGCAAUGGAUCCUCAUCGCCCUCCCAGCCACCUUCAUCAACAGUGCCAUCCGCUACCUGGAGGGCCAACUGGCCCUGUCUUUCCGAAGCCGUCUAGUGGCCCAUGCCUACCGCCUCUACUUCUCCCAGCAGACCUACUACCGAGUCAGCAAUAUGGACGGGCGGCUUCGCAACCCUGACCAGUCCCUGACAGAGGAUGUGGUGACCUUUGCUGCCUCCGUGGCCCACCUGUACUCCAACCUGACCAAGCCACUCCUGGAUGUGGCUGUGACCGCCUACACCCUGAUUCGAACGGCUCGCUCCCGCGGGGCCGGCACGGCCUGGCCCUCAGCCAUUGCUGGCCUCGUGGUGUUUCUCACAGCUAAUGUGCUGCGAGCCUUCUCACCCAAGUUUGGGGAGCUGGUGGCGGAGGAGGCGCGGAGGAAGGGGGAGCUGCGCUACAUGCACUCUCGCGUGGUGGCCAACUCAGAGGAGAUCGCCUUCUAUGGGGGCCAUGAGGUGGAGCUGGCCCUGCUGAAGGACUCCUACAAGGCCCUGGCUUCACAGAUCAACCUCAUCCUGCUCGAGCGCCUGUGGUACGUCAUGCUGGAGCAGUUCCUCAUGAAGUAUGUGUGGAGCGCCUCAGGCCUGCUCAUGGUAGCAGUCCCCAUAAUCACUGCCACCGGCUACUCGGAGUCAGAUUCAGAAGCCGUGAAGAAGGCAGCCAUGGAGAUGAAGGAGGAAGAGCUGGUGAGCGAACGCACAGAAGCCUUCACCAUUGCCAGAAACCUCCUUACAGCUGCUGCGGAUGCCAUUGAGCGGAUCAUGUCAUCCUACAAGGAGGUGACGGAGCUGGCCGGCUACACGGCCCGGGUACAUGAGAUGUUCCAAGUAUUUGAAGAUGUCCAGCAAUGCCGUUUCAAGAGGCCUGGGGAGCCAGAGGAUGCACAGGCGGGGACCGGGGCUGUGGUCAGGUCUGGUGUCCGCGUGGAAGGUCCCCUGCAGAUCCGAGGCCAAGUAGUGGAUGUGGAGCAGGGCAUUGUUUGUGACAACAUCCCCAUCAUCACCCCCACGGGAGAGGUGGUGGUGGCCAGCCUGAACAUCAGGGUAGAAGAUGGCAUGCACCUGCUCAUCACGGGCCCCAAUGGCUGUGGCAAGAGCUCUCUGUUCCGGAUCCUUGGUGGGCUCUGGCCCACCUAUGGAGGCGUGCUCUACAAGCCCCCGCCCCAGCGCAUGUUCUACAUCCCCCAGAGGCCCUACAUGUCCGUCGGCUCCUUGCGUGACCAGGUGAUCUACCCGGACUCAGUGGAGGACAUGCGAAGGAAGGGCUAUUCAGAGCGGCACCUGGAAGCCAUUCUGGACAUCGUGCACCUGAACCACAUCCUGCAGCGGGAAGGAGGUUGGGAGGCCGUGUGUGACUGGAAGGACGUUCUGUCGGGGGGCGAGAAGCAGAGGAUCGGCAUGGCCCGCAUGUUCUACCAUAAGCCAAAGUAUGCCCUCCUGGAUGAAUGCACCAGCGCUGUAAGCAUCGACGUGGAAGGCAAGAUCUUCCAAGCGGCCAAGGAUGCUGGCAUCGCUCUGCUUUCCAUCACCCACCGCCCCUCCCUGUGGAAGUACCACACGCACUUGCUGCAGUUCGAUGGCGAGGGCGGCUGGAAGUUCGAGAAGCUGGACUCAGCCACCCGGCUGAGCUUGACGGAGGAGAAGCAGCGGCUUGAGCAGCAGCUGGCGGGCAUCCCCAAGAUGCAGCAGCGUCUUCAGGAGCUCUGCCAGAUCCUGGGCCAGGGCCAGGGCUCCAGGGUCGUCCAGGGUGCUGCCACCUGA